GGCUGGAGCGACAACAUGCCCUUGCCGAGGCGCCGGUCGUCCUUCCUGGGGCAGCAGCCCUCUACCUCCACGGCGGAGAGCUCGGGGCCGCCCGGCCGCCGGGUGAGCGUCGGAGGUGGAGGGAGCCUGUCCAGACCCCCCGGCGUCUACGUGGGCACCGUCCCCACCGGCGGCGUCAGCAGCCUGGGCACCCGAGUGUCCCGUAGAGCCCUGGGCAUCAGCAGCGUCUUCCUCCAGGGUCUCCGCAGCUCCGCCGCCGCCGUGUCCCUGGCCCCGGGGCUGGAUAAGGGCAGGGCUCUCUCCUACGAAAGCCUGAAUGGCUGCUUGGUGGAGUACAUCGAGAAGGUGCGAGCUCUCGAGCAGGUCAACCAGGAGCUGGAGGAGCACAUCAGAGUCUACCUGGACAAGAAGGCGGCCAGCGUGGGCAGCUGGGGAGCGCUGCGGGAGAACUGGGAGGCGAUUUACCACCAGGUGGGUGAAGCAGUCCUUGAAAAUGCUCGUCUUAUGCUGCACACCGAGAACAUUCAAGCCUGUGCUGAAGAUUUUAAAGACAGGUAUGAAAAUGAGCAGCCAUUCAGAAAGGCAGUGGAAGAUGAAAUUAAUUCCCUAUAUAAAGUGAUUGAUGAUGCUAAUUUAACUAAAAUGGACCUGGAGAGUCAGAUAGAAAGCAUGAAGGAAGAACUAACUUUGCUGUCAAAGAAUCAUGAAGAAGAUGUGAAGGUAUUAUACAAGCAGCUUGCUGGAUCUCAGCUGGAAGAACUUGAUGUUCCCCUGGGAAGUGGCUUGGAUGACAUUCUGGAAAAAAUCAGAAUCCACUGGGAGAGAGACAUUGAAAAGAAUCGUGCUGAGACAGGUGCCCUGCUCCGUACCAAGCAACAGGCAGAUAUGAUGGCUGCCGUGCGAACCCAGGAGGAAGAGCUGGUGGAGGGCCUCAGAACUGAGUUCCAUGAAACUGCCUGCAAAAUACAGAGCCUGCAAGCAGAAACUGAAUCUUUGAGAACCUUGAAGAGGGGUCUGGAGAAUUCUUUAUAUGAUGCCAAGCACUGGCACGACAUCGAACUGCAGAACCUAGGCUCUGUCAUUUCCAAGCUGGAGGCAGAGAUGGGAGAAAUCAAAGUAGAAACCGAGCAGCAGCAGAGGGAUCGUGAAAAUCUGCUGACUAGCAAACAACAGCUGGAGAAAGACAUUGCUGCAUAUCACUGCCUCCUGGAUGGAGAGCAAAGCAGGUACUUGUCCUUAAAAGGAUGGAGAACAUCCUCCCAGGGAAUGGGCUGUGAGGUUGCUAGAAGUAGGAGGACUGGACUGCUUCUCAUGUUUUAUAUGGCUGGGUAG